GGUAUCUGCGCCAGUACCUUUUUGGUCCACACUCAGGAAAGGUCCACACAUCUCGGUCCCACUUGUCAUACUCCGCUUCACGUCCACCUCACCUCCGCCGCGGCCUGUGUUUGAAUGGUGGCGACGCCAUGGGCGCCACCGCCGUCUCCUCCUCCUCCACUCCCCGCUCCAGCCGCCGCCUCCCACAUGGCCGUCACGCAGGCGUUCGCGGACGCGCUGCGCUCGUGCGGGGCCCGCGGCGCGCUCUCCGGCGCGCGCGCUCUGCACGGCCGCCUCGUCAGCGUGGGCCUCGCGUCCGCCGUCUUCCUCCAGAACACGCUCCUCCACGCCUACCUCUCCUGCGGAGCCCUCCCGGACGCCCGAAGCCUGCUGCGCGGCGAGAUCACGGAGCCCAACGUCAUCACCCACAACAUAAUGAUGAAUGGGUACGCGAAGCUGGGCAGCCUGAGCGACGCGGUGGAGCUGUUCGGCAGAAUGCCCAGGAGGGAUGUCACCUCGUGGAACACCCUCAUGUCUGGCUACUUCCAGGGAGGACAGUUCUUGGAUGCUCUGGAGACCUUCAUGUCCAUGCGCCGAAUCGCGGACUCCUUGCCGAACGCCUUCACUUUCGGGUGCACCAUGAAGUCCUGCGGCGCUCUCGGGUGGCAUGAAGUGGCGCCGCAGCUGCUUGGGUUGUUAACCAAGUUUGGUUUCGAGGAUGACCCUGACGUUGCGACUGCCAUUGUUGACAUGUUCGUGAGAUGCGGGGCUGUGGAUUUUGCUUCGAAGCAGUUCAGUCAGAUUGAAAGGCCAACUGUUUUUUGCCGGAACAGUAUGCUAGCGGGUUAUGCCAAGUCAUACGGUGUUGAUCACGCUCUUGAGCUUUUCGAGAGCAUGCCUGAACGAGAUGUUGUUUCAUGGAACAUGAUGGUGUCCGCAUUGUCUCAGAGUGGGCGAGCCAGAGAAGCCCUCUGUAUGGCUGUAGACAUGCACAAUAGAGGUGUGCGUCUUGACUCAACAACAUACACUAGUUCUCUGACUGCAUGUGCUAAAUUGUCUUCAUUGGGAUGGGGUAAGCAACUCCAUGCUCAGGUGAUUCGGAGCCUACCACACAUUGACCCAUAUGUUGCCAGUGCUAUGGUUGAACUAUAUGCAAAAUGUGGCUGUUUUGAGGAAGCAAAGAGAGUGUUCAGUUCCUUACGUGAUCGGAACACUGUGGCAUGGACAGUUCUUAUUGGGGGAUUCUUGCAGUAUGGUUGCUUCAGUGAAUCUCUUGAACUGUUCAAUCAGAUGAGAGCUGAGCUGAUGACAGUUGAUCAGUUUGCACUGGCAACUAUAAUAAGUGGCUGCUCCAACAGGAUGGAUAUGUGUCUUGCGAGGCAGCUGCAUUCUCUUUCUCUGAAAAGUGGGCACACUCGAGCUGUUGUCAUCUCUAAUUCCCUUAUCUCUAUGUAUGCAAAGUGUGGCAAUCUCCAGAAUGCUGAAUCUAUAUUCACUUCGAUGGCCGAAAGGGACAUUGUAUCAUGGACUGGCAUGCUUACUGCAUAUUCUCAAGUGGGGAACAUAGGGAAAGCUCGUGAGUUCUUUGAUGGCAUGUCCACAAGGAAUGUAAUUACAUGGAAUGCAAUGUUGGGGGCAUACAUACAACAUGGAGCUGAGGAAGAUGGCCUCAAGAUGUAUAGUGCUAUGCUAACUGAGAAGGAUGUCAUACCUGACUGGGUUACUUAUGUUACAUUGUUCAGAGGAUGUGCGGAUAUGGGUGCAAAUAAACUUGGAGAUCAAAUCAUUGGUCAUACUGUAAAGGUUGGUCUCAUCUUAGACACCUCAGUCGUGAAUGCGGUUAUCACGAUGUACUCCAAAUGCGGAAGGAUAACAGAAGCUCGAAAAAUAUUUGAGUUUCUAAGUCGGAAGGAUUUGGUUUCCUGGAAUGCCAUGAUCACCGGUUAUUCACAGCACGGCAUGGGGAAGCAAGCUAUAGAGAUAUUUGAUGAUAUGCUGAAGAAAGGGGCAAAACCUGACUACAUAAGCUAUGUUGCAGUUCUGUCAAGCUGCAGCCAUUCUGGACUCGUGCAGGAGGGAAAGUUUUAUUUCGAUAUGUUGAAGAGAGACCACAACGUAUCUCCAGGGUUGGAGCAUUUCUCGUGCAUGGUGGACCUUCUAGCCCGUGCAGGGAAUUUGAUCGAAGCCAAGAAUCUCAUUGACGAGAUGCCCAUGAAACCAACCGCUGAGGUUUGGGGGGCUCUUCUUAGCGCCUGCAAGACACAUGGCAACAAUGACCUCGCAGAAUUGGCAGCUAAGCACUUGUUCGACCUGGACUCGCCUGAUUCUGGAGGCUACAUGCUUCUGGCAAAGAUCUAUGCUGAUGCUGGCAAAUCAGAUGAUUCCGCACAAGUCAGGAAGCUAAUGCGAGACAAAGGGAUAAAGAAAAAUCCCGGCUACAGCUGGAUGGAAGUUAAGAACAAAGUUCACGUCUUCAAAGCAGAAGACGUGAGCCACCCUCAGGUGAUCGCGAUUCGGGAGAAGCUGGAUGAACUCAUGGAGAAGAUCGCGCACCUCGGAUACGUGAGGACCGAGUCCCUGCGGUCUGAGAUUCAUCACAGCGAGAAGCUGGCCGUGGCUUUUGGGAUCAUGAACCUGCCUGAUUGGAUGCCCAUCCACAUCAUGAAGAACCUACGCAUUUGCGGUGACUGCCACACGGUGAUCAAGUUGAUAUCGACGGUGACCGGUCGGGAGUUUGUGAUUCGAGACGCCGUUCGAUUUCACCACUUCAAAGGUGGUUCCUGCUCUUGCGGGGAUUACUGGUGACCACAGAAACCCCCUGUAGUUCUUUUGCUCUGUAGCCCGUCAGAUUCAUUGAGACAACAGAGGAGUAAAAUGUCUACUCUUUGAUUAUUAUGCGUGUUAUAUCUGCCCACUAUUUGUCUGAGGUUUAGGUUCGCCAGUUGGUUUCCUUGAACCUUGAAAGCGCCGAUGAAAAACCCAUGUGAUAGCUAUAUGCAAAGAAUGCAGUGGGGAUGCCAGGGACAGCGAGCAUACACUAGAAAACAGAGGCUUGGUCAUGUCAUAUUGACAAUAAGCAUAUCUAGUUCACACGGUAGCAUGGCGAGUGAUAUGUAGAGAGAAAAGGAAAUAAC